CUUUGCUUGUCGCGCAGUGGCCAUAUUUGUUGAUGUGUCACGUCAAAGUGUUUUGUUGGGGACGAUCAGCUGGCCAAACAGCAAGCUCAAAGUUCAUCAUUGUUCCGAUUGUUACUGGAUCGAACUGCACAUGGAUUUGUCGUGUAUGUCUUAGCUGUGAAUCCAUGAGGCCAUGGAAGACCCUGCGCCAUCUUCACUUCCAGACAUAAUGGAAGGUUCAAAUGCUGAACCUGAGCCCGAGGAAUCGCUCCAGAUGAAUCAGUUCCACAACAGCACAUCAAAUACAGAACAGGAGUUAAAAAUAUCUCUGAAUGUGGGAGGUGACUCAGAACAUUAUAAUGAGGAAAACAAUGAGGCACAUCUUGAUCAUAAGUUAAUCGAGACUAAAGAUGAUGAUCAGAUUGACACUGAGUCAGAGCCUCAGACAUGUGUGCAGAUGCAACGAGGAGGGAAACAUUCAAAUGACACCUUUGAAAUGAUCAGUGUCUCCAUGGAUGAAGCAGUAGAAAAUUCUCCUUCUGUUCUUGAAGGGACAAUAGAUACCUCAUUGACUUCAGGUGUAGCGAAUGAGUCCCAUGGUGUCACCCAAAACGGCAUGGAGGUGCUAUCACUCUACGACGAUAAAUGUUCCACAGACACUGCAACUACUUCUGAUGAUGGACAAGCUGAUAGUUUAUCCUCUUCCAUCCAAAGUGCUUGCGAAAUCUCGCCUAUUGACUCAACGUCCACCUCUGGGAUCUCCAACGGCCCUUGGACCCCCAGUUCUGACACUGCUAUCACCUCACUUCCUUGCAGCCCACAAAAAAGUACCAACACGUCAGCUCCACCACAUUCCUCAUCGAGCCCGUAUGACACAGACUGCAGCCGAAAGCUUAUUUCCCACAUUCAACGUUCACUAUCACAGGAGUCGCUGCUGGAUGAGCUGGAAACGGAACUCCUGGCCUGUCGGCUCCCUGAGAAUGAAAUUGCUGAGGGGAAAGGAAGCCCCCCUAUGAAUGGGCUUCCCACAGACCAGGAAGGCUGCAUGGUGGUCUUUGAGAAGUGUGUCCAGUACAAGUACAGCCAGCAGGAGAAAGCCAUUCAGAGGUUGCUUGAAGAAAACAAGAAACACCAGGAGCUGAUCCUGGGUAUCUGUUCAGAGAAAGACACCAUGAGGGAAGAGCUGAAGAAGAGAGCGGAGACGGAAAAGCAGCACAUGACCACAAUUAAAAAGUUGGAGGGCAGGGUGGAUGAGCUGUUGAAAGAGUUGAAGGAGUCGCGGGAUAAGCUAAUUCAUCAGGACCAGACAGCAAAGGCAGCCCUCCAUCAAAUGCAGAAAGAGAUGACCUGCCGCCUAGAACAGGUGAAUAAGAAAUGUGAGGAAGCACGCCAUGAAAAGGAGGCUAUGGUGAUGAAGUAUGUGCGAGGAGAGAAGGAGGCGCUUGACUUGAGGCGAGACAAGGAGGGCUUAGAGAAGAGGUUAAGGGAAGCCACCAAGGAGGUAGACCGCCAGGCCCUACGAGGAAACCAACUAGCCCAAGACAAAGGUAGACUGCAACAGCUGCACGAUUCAAAGGAGGGGGAGGUUAGCAGAUUGACCAGGGAGGUGGAAAAGUUAAAGGAGGAGAUCAACUCGCACCUUAUCAAAGUCAAGUGGGCCCAGAAUAAACUCAAGACUGAGAUGGAUGCCCACAAGGAGACCAAAGACAAGCUUAGAGAGACCACAUCCAAACUGUCCCAGGCCAAAGAAGAGACCGAACAGAUCCGUAAAAACUGCCAGGAUAUAAUUCGAACAUACCAGGAGUCUGAGGAGCUCCGGUCCAAUGAGCUUGAUGCUAAACUGAGGGAGACCAAAGGAGAACUGGAGAAACACAAGCAGGAACAAACAGACCAGUUAGAGGUCCAUCGGGUGAAGGCCAAAGAGCUAGAAGACCUGAAGAAGAAUUACAAAGAGAGCAUAGAUGAGCUUGACACCCUCCGGACCAAGUUAAAGUGUUUGGAGGAUGAGCGUCCACGCUGGGAGGAUGAGCUUAACAAGUACAGGGAGAUCAUUAACAGGCAGAAAACUGAGAUCGGCCGCCAGCGGGAGAAGCUCGACGAGAUCACUGCAUUCGAGGAGCAGCAUGAAUGUGACAAACAGCAGAUCACAUCUCUGCAUGAUGAGGUGGACAGCUUGGCCAGCCAGAUGACUGACUUGCAGCGUGACGUGCAAGGCAGCAGGGAACGUGAGGCAGAGUUACUGGGCUUUACUGAGAAAUUGAGCAGCAAGAACGCCCAGCUUCAAUCUGAAAGCAACUCGCUUCAGGCACAGCUGGAUCAGCUCUCCAACAACUUCACGGAACUCCAAGCAAGGCUGCAAGAGACCAGCAGACUUCUAGAUGAUAAGUCACGGGAGCUGAGGCAAGAGGAGGUGCUGAGGAAGCAGGAGGUGCAGGACCUGUGCGAGGAGCGAACGAUGUUGCAGACAGAGGUGGGCCGUUUGAAAAACCAAGUGGAAGAACUGAGAGAUGAGCUUGUGACUCAAAAAAGGAAACAAGCUGCCAACAUCAAGGACUUGACCAAGCAACUCAUACAAGCUCGAAAGAAGCUGGAGCAUGCUGAGAAUGGAGGCUGUGACCGCGAUGCUGGAAGUAUGGGAAGUCGCUCCAGUUCUUCUGGCUCCUUAAACGCCCGCCACGGUGGUAGCAGCGGUGUUGAAGAACGAUCCCCGGAGAGCCAAAGCAGCCCCUCAGUCGUGGUUGUGGACAGUUUCCCAGAGGUUGACAAGGCAGUGCUGGUGGAACGUAUUGUUCGGCUACAAAAGGCCUUGGCUCGCAAGCAGGAAAAAAUCGAGUUCAUGGAGGAUCACAUCAAACAGCUGGUGGAGGAGAUUCGCAAAAAGACCAAAAUUAUCCAGAGCUACGUGCUCAGAGAGGAGUCGGGGACCCUCUCAUCAGAGGCUUCAGAUUUUAACAAAGCCCACCUGAGCCGACGGGGGGGCAUCAUGGCUUCACUUUACACCUCCCACCCGGCGGACAGCGGGCUGACCCUGGACCUGUCCCUGGAGAUCAACAGGAAGCUGCAGGCCGUGUUGGAGGACACACUACUUAAGAACAUUACUCUCAAAGAGAACCUCCAGACGCUGGGAGCAGAGAUCGAGCGACUGAUGAAGCAACAGCGGGAAUCCAGCAAGGCUGUGAAGAGCAAGUGAAGGAGGAGAAAUGAGGCGGGAGAACCCGCUGACACCUUAUCAUUGUCUACUCCCAACAUAUGAAGGCACACGCUGAAUGUUUUAAGUGCCAGUAGUACCUGGGGCUAAUCCGUGGAGGAUGUCUUAACUUACUUGAACUGUCACUGUUCCAUCCACGCCUCUCUUUUUUUUUCCAACACGAAGACUCCUGUUUUCCCCUCUGGAUGCUCCCUCUGGAUUACUAGUCAUCGAGUCGAUUGUCCUCUCGGCUAACUGACUGAACUCACGAUGCUAUAAUUAUGAAUGUAAAUCGAAAUCUGUCUGUGAAACGGUUCC